AUGGUAGAGAAAAAAAUGAUUUAGUUAUAAUCAAUUUUCUUUCAAUCUCGAAAAAGGAAAAUUGUACAUAUAAUCUGUGUUUUAUCUGUAUUAGUGUUAGGCCCAAGUUCAUUAGCUGAAGUUUCAAGUCAUAAUGGGCUCAAUUUUGGGCUUAUCUCUUGGGUUUAGUUUUUACAAGAUAAAGUUGAUAAAGUGAAGACUAAAAUGAGGAAAAGAGAGGGUCUCGAGCGCUUUUUACUCUUUCUUCUUCACGAGAGCAGUGUCGUUGCUCUGAUCUUGUAACUGUAACUCCGGCGGAUUUUGCCGUUUAUACUGGAUUUUUCCGGUGUAGUAUGUGAUUCCUCCGAUAUAGACGCUAAAAUCACUGUUCACCGUGAAACUCGUACAUCAAAUUUCGUCAAUUGCGUUUCUUUAUCGCUUUUGAGUUUCGACUACAAUUCAUGAAACCAUGAGUGAGAUCGUGAGAGUUCAAGAGAUCGUUUCUAAACUCUGGAACCUAAACAUAGCCUCCAAAAAAUCCCCGAAUCUGGUUACGAUCAUAUCGAAUGUUGGUUAUAAUCCUUCGUUUGAAACUAAUGGAAGCUUCAAAGAUUUCGUUUCUCGAUUACUAGCUCGACGUGACAGUUACCGUAUAAGGAGAUUCUCUUUGAAACUACGUUCUUUGGAAUUUGAUUCAGCUAAGUACCAUCUUGUCAACGAAUGUCUACGCAAUGUGUUGAAUCGAGGUGUUUUGGAUCUUGAAUUGGACAUCAAUGUCAAUGAAGUUUACAAAUUGCCAUUUGAGGUCUUCACUUGCAAGAAAGUUGUGAAAUUGAAACUAGGUUCUGAUUUUGUUAUUGACAAUAUCCCUAAGAACGCUUUGCUUCCAGCUCUUAAGACUCUCUUUCUUGAUAAAGUUCGGUUCAUUGAUAAAAGUGGUGGUUGUGCGUUUACAAGGCUUGUUUCUGCUUGCCCUGUGCUAGAGGAUUUAGUGAUAUAUAGGAACAACCGUGAAGAUUGGGAAUGGUCUCGCAUUGUGUCUAGUAAGAUCCUUAAGAAACUUACUAUUCGGCGUGAAGACUGGGAAGAUCUUGAUGGCUCUAGUUAUGAGUCAAUUAGUUUUGAUACUCCGAGUCUUGAAUACUUCGAAUACUUUGAUGUUCUCCGAGAUGGGUAUCCAGUUGUUGAUCUCAAGUCCCUUGUUGAAGCUAAGCUAGAACUUCCUCUUUUUAUGGUUGGCGAUACCUACGAUGUUAAGAAUCUGAUUAAGGGCUUAGAAAAUGUUCAGAUUCUGAGCUUAGGCGUUGUUGACACGAUGCAGGUGUUUUGUUUCUUCGAAGAAGCAGUACCAGUGUUUGAAAACCUGUUUCAUUUAUCACUUAGCACUGAAGUAGAUUUCUGUUGGAAUGUUCUACCAAUUCUGCUUGAGAAAUCUCCAAAUCUAAAGACUCUCACCAUUCAGGCUUUGCAUUAUACUACUAAUCACUAUGGGGAUGAGAACACUGUUUGCGAUUGUUUGGAGGUGUAUUCUUUCUUAUCGUCCUGCCAUAUUGAGGUUCUAAAGAUAACCCAGUUCAAGGGAGAUAUCGGAGAGAUGGUGCAAAUAAAGCAUAUCUUGGAGAAAUUGCCGAGUCUUGAGCUGUUGGAAAUUCAUGGUCAGGUAAAAGGAGAUGACAAAAAGCUGCAGAUCAUGUUGGAUCUCCUAAUGUUCGAAAGAGCUUCGUCUGAAUGCAAAGUCGAGGUCAAGUUUCCAGUUUGUUUUGCCUCAGCAUGAACUUCCAUAUCUGAUAAGAGAAACAAAUGAGCUUCCGGUUUGUUGUUGACAUGAGAGCUGGUUUGUUUAGUGUCUUUCUUAUCCAUGCAAUUUCUGUAUAUAACAGCUUGACAUUUUUGUCAUCUUUGGCUCCUUGUUGUGUCGUUUCUUCGUGCCUAAUUCACUUGAGUUUGUAAGAGAGAUGCUAUAGCUAUUAGCUAUCAGCUACGUUAGGUCUACUAUGACUCAUUUGUGCUGUAUGUUAUUGUUACUUUACAGUUUACACAGUCUAUUUGACAAUUU